AUGGCGUUCCUUCGUGUAGCUAAUGGCAGCUAAUGGCGCCGUGUCUGCCGUCGCUGCCGCGUCGUCUGUGGUCGUCUAUGCCCUAAUCUUUUACUGCUCUUUGCGUGUCUACGGGAAACAUCACACGAAAAAUGGCUUGUUCCGCCGUGCGGUCGCCCGUUCUUCGCACUCCUACGGUAAGGCAUUAUGCAGCUGCUGCAGUUGCUCAAUGUUCCAACGCUACGGUCCCAGAGCUUCAGGUAUUGUCGAGUAAUAAAGUGACAGUCGCUGCGCUCGAUAACGAUAGUCCUGUCGCUCGAGUAUCGAUCGUCUUCAGAGCUGGCUCACGUAACGAGACGUACGACACGCAAGGUGCGGCGCAUCACAUCCGAAUCGCUGCUGGUCUGAGCACAUGCAGGUCGACGUGCUUCGGAAUAACUAGGAAUAUCCAGCAACUUGGUGGAAACUUGACUGCUACCACUGAUCGCGAAAGCAUUGCGUACACGUUACAAAUUACAAGGAAUAAUUUAGACAAAGCUUUGACUUUCCUAGAGGAUGUCGCCACGCAGCAAGUGUUCAAACCAUGGGAAAUAUCCGAUCAGUUGCCUAGAUUGCGCUACGAAUUGUCCAUGAUACCCGAGACUACUCGUAUAAUGGAACUGUUGCACAAAGCGGCUUACCGUACUGGACUAGGCUACUCUCUAUACUCGCCAAAGAGACAACUUGGAAAAAUUGGUACAGAGACUCUGCAACAUUUUGUCAAUACUUGGUUUACCGGCUCAAAGUGCGCGGUAGUAGCAACAGGUGUACCGCUGUCAGACGCGACACAAUUUGCUUCGAAUCUAAAAGUAGGCUCGGGAGAUAAUACCGUGGAAGCUGCCAAGUAUCACGGAGGGGAACUUCGCAAGGAACGAUCCUCUGAAUUGUCCACCGUAGCGAUAGCCGUUGAAGCGGCAGGUUUAAACAAAGAGAAAGACGUUCUCGCUAGCGCCGUGUUGCAGAGAGCGAUCGGUUCUGGUCCUCGCGUAAAAUGGGGCACCGGCGUGUCUCCGCUACACAAGGCGGUCUCCGGAGCGACGAGUACCGAUCAAUUUGCCCUUUCGGCAUUUAACGCUUCUUACAGCGAUUCCGGACUAUUUGGUUUUGUGUUAUCUUCGGUACCUAGUGUCGCCGGUUCCGUAACAAAAGCUGCUGCUGCGUAUCUGAGAUCACCCAAGCUUUCCGAUGCUGAUAUCGCACGCGGCAAAACUACCCUGAAGGCGGAGAUAUUGUAUGCCGCGGAUAAUGACGCCGCAUUCUUAGAAAAUAUGGGACAGCAAGCAAUUUUCAAAGGACACGUGUACAAACCGUCUGAUCUUGCUGCAGAAGUAGACAAAAUAACUGCAUCUGAAGUCAAAUCGGUUGCUGGAAAACUUGCUGGCGGAAAAUUGUCCAUGGCUGCAAUCGGCAAUUUAUCCACCGUUCCAUAUGUUGACGAGUUGAAAUAGAUACAAUAAUGAAAGUCCAAAUGUUCUUACCGCUCUGAGCCUUUGUAUUCUAAAUAUUUUGUCUAGCUCAGAGAUGUACACGUUUAUCAGAGUGUAGGGAAUACUUGCGGUAUUAAUAAAGUAUAUAGAAUAUCGCUGUAGUAUUGUACAGUUGAAUAA